GCUCCGGGCCUGUGGGCAGCGCCGCCGCCGCCGCCGCCGGGCAGUACCGAGUGUGCGGCAAUUGCCGGAAGGUGCCGAGACAGCAAUAGCUUAUCUGCAGGGUCAAAGGAGUAAUACCAGUCAUAUUGAAUGGGAAAACAAGGAAAUGGAGCCCAGAUCCUGCUAGAAGCAACAUAUGGAUUUUUUUGCCUUGGUCUGCCUCAAGUACCAGCUUUUGCAGAGCCUGAAGAAGGAAAAGAGAGUACAAGUCUCCCCACCAUUGACAAGAGGACCAAGUGCCUUUAUACCAGAGAAUGAAGUUAUGCAAGCAAAUGGUUUGGAUGAACGUACUAAUCUUCUUGUGGAAGAAUAUUCUACGUCUGGUCGCCUGGACAACAUCACACAGGUCAUGAGUAUCCAUACUCAGUACCUGGAGUCUUUCCUCCGCAGCCAGUUCUAUAUGCUGCGCAUGGAUGGGCCCCUUCCUUUGCCCUAUAGGCACUACAUCGCUAUAAUGGCUGCUGCCAGACAUCAGUGUUCCUACCUAAUAAAUAUGCACGUUGAUGAGUUUCUAAAGACUGGUGGGAUUGCAGAGUGGUUGAAUGGUUUGGAAUACAUUCCCCAAAGACUGAAAAAUCUGAACGAAAUAAACAAACUCCUUGCACACCGGCCCUGGCUAAUCACAAAAGAGCACAUUCAGAAACUUGUCAAGACUGGGGAAAAUAAUUGGUCUCUUCCUGAACUGGUGCAUGCUGUUGUCCUGUUGGCACAUUAUCAUGCCUUGGCAAGUUUUGUAUUUGGUAGUGGCAUUAAUCCAGAGAGAGAUCCGGAUACAUCUAAUGGAGUCAGACUUAUAGCAGUCAACAACUUCUGUGUCUGCGAUCUUGCCAAUGACAACAACAUAGAAAAUGCAUCCCUCACAAGUAGCAACUUUGGGAAUGUCAUGGUGUUUUUGCAGAUUGCAGAUUCUUUAAGUGAGCUGGAGGCCUUGAUGGAAAGGAUGAAGAGACUACAAGAAGAUAAAGAGGAUGAAGAAGCCUCUCAGGAAGAAAUGGCAACUCGCUUUGAAAAGGAGAAGAAGGAGAGUCUGCUAGUAAUUAGUGGAGCAUUUGAUGAUGACAUAGUUUCUACAGAUGUCUCCCGUUAUAUUGAAGAUCCUGGGUUUGGGUACAAAGACUUUGCAAGGCGAGGAGAAGACCAUCUGCCAACAUUCAGAGCUCAGGACUAUACUUGGGAGAAUCAUGGCUUUUCCCUUGUAAACAGGCUUUAUUCUGAUAUUGGGCAUCUUCUGGAUGAGAAAUUUCGGAUGGUAUAUAACCUCACAUAUAACACUAUGGCAACACAUGAAGACGUUGAUACAACGAUGCUAAGAAGAGCUUUAUUUAACUAUGUCCACUGUAUGUAUGGAAUCAGGUAUGAUGACUAUGAUUAUGGGGAAGUUAAUCAGCUACUUGAACGCAGCCUGAAGGUUUACAUAAAGACAGUGACCUGCUACCCAGAGAGAACUACCAAGCGCAUGUACGAUAGUUACUGGCGUCAGUUCAAGCACUCGGAGAAGGUUCAUGUCAAUCUACUUCUAAUGGAAGCUCGGAUGCAAGCCGAACUUCUGUAUGCCCUUCGUGCCAUAACUCGUCACUUAACCUGAAGGAUUUGCUGGGCAGGAGUAAAGAAGUUUUUACUGAGUAUGUAAAGACCUUUUGAAAUAGAUACACACCAGAAGCUGUUUGUGAUGUAGCAUCAGGUUAUUCAAUUCUCUAGUGUCAAAGUUUAGCCGUGCUUCUUGGCGGCUGUAAUGUGCAAUGACGUGUUUUAUUUUCUUGAUGCUUAACAUUACUAAUGAUAACAAAAGUAACACUGAGGAGCACUACUCUGCAUUGUUUCCGCCUGGAUUUCUGCGCAGUGGUCAGGAUCCUGAAACUGUUUUUAUUAUAUCCAAUCCUAGCGCUUUGUUCUUUAGGCACUGGAGUGAAGUGCUUAGAGACUUCUUUUUCCAAGCAAUCAUUUUUCAGAUUAGUGGAGUCCAGCAGAAGAUCAGUUCUGCCUGUCCUGAGAACGUACCACCAUGUCCUGACUCAUGACAGAGACACGCGGGCUGUGUUGCAUUGAAAUGCCCACUGGAUUCUUCUGUGUCUCCCGGAGACUGCUGCCAGUCACUGUCUUACUACAGCAAUUGGAGGUGAUGCGAGAUGUCGAUGCAAACAUCGAGCACACUUUAAUGUGAAAUUAAUCUUGAUAAAUCCUACAGCAUGCUACUGAAGUGCGAAAUUCAUCUGCUUUGUCAUGCCCCUUCCCAAGAGAAGAGGCCUCAUGAUUUGCCAUUUCAGUCACACUUACUGUGUUUCAAUCAUGCAUAACCUUGUUUUACUGACAGUCACCCUCAGUUGUCCUGACAAUAUCCAUGCUCAUCACAUGUUGCAAUUUUUUUAGUUGGCACCUAUAAAAUUAAUACGCAGGCUGACCAAAAAUAGGGUUGUGGGGUUUUUUGCACUCUCUCCUUUAUCAAUGUUGUAACUAAGGAAAGUAAAGGAAGGCUAGCAUAUCUGUUCUUUCAUAUUGGAUGUAUAGAAAUCUACUUCCCAUAACUUUUUCAUAGCAUGAAAUUGUAAUAUUCAAAGUUUAAAAAGUUUCUAUGCAUUAGUGUGAGUGAACAAAAGAAAAGUGCAAUAUUUAAAAAGAAAUCAAGCUUUUUUCCCUGACAUGCCACUGCUAAAGUGUCCUUUUUAUAUAGCCAUAAAGAAAUUUUUAAACCAAAUUUCUUUAUUGUCUAAGGCCUAGCAGUUUUGUUUUAGCUUUUACGGCUUAAGACAACCUGAUACUGAGAUGCCAAAGCAUCCCCAAAACAAAGCAUUUUUGGACAACCAGUAAUAUUGGGGAAGGGAAGAAAUAAGCUGCCAAAAAUGUCACACUUUUGUGCUGGUUUUUGUUGCUUUUGACUAAUUUUUAAGAGCACAAAAUGUUGAUAUUUAUAGCUUUAUUUUGUAUUGCAUUAAUGAACCAGUGAAGUGCCUAAAGAGAUGCUUAAACUUACCCAGUAGAACACAAGUUGUCACUGCUUCAACUUUUGUCUGUUGGUUUGGACUUUUCAUAUUUCUUUUGAGGAGGGUGACCUUUAUUUCUGUGGCAUACAUUCAAAACUAACUAGUCAGGUUUGAUUUUAAUAUUCCAUUGGAUUGUAGAAAUUAAUACAGAAUUUUUUUUCAUUAGUGAUUGCAGAAUAGUUAAAAAAAUACUGCCAGUCAUAUUUUGACACUUUUCAUUUACAAAAUCCUGGACCAGUACUCUUCUAAAGUUAGUUUUCUCUUUUUUCCCUUUUAUGAUCCUUGCUGUGACUUCGCAUGUUGGUUUUUCCGCUUUAUCUAUCUGUUCCAGAUUGGAAAGCUAAAUGAUUGUACACUUUUCUGCACUUUCAGACUGCAGACUCUGCAUGUGAAAACCUUUUGAGGAAGAAAUCAGUAAUUAAUUUUUUUAAUGUCAUGUUGGCUAUUUAGAAAACUACCCAACAGACAGCAUCAGACUGUCUUCUAGAGAGAGCAUUGGAUAGAACAUCAGAUUUAUUUAUCUUGUAUAGCUAACUGCAAAGAUUUCUCAGAAUUAUUGAGAUGCUCAUAUGUAUGAAUUUAGAUUAACUUUCUAAGUUGUUAUGAUUCUUUUUCCUCCCUCCUGUGAUUGUAGUGGCCAUACCUAAUAGCUUUUGUGCAUAGAACAGUUCUGCUGAGAGAAGUUUUCAUGCAAUACUUUUGCUUUUUUCAAGUGAUGGGAACUGUUCAGUACUAUUUUGAAUUCCUUUGUUUUGAAAAGUCAAGUAGUUCUCAAGAAGCACAGCUGAGCUCUGGAAAGGAGGUGAAAUUAGACUUGGGUAACUAAUAUGAUGGCUUAGUUUCCCUUCAGAAAUGCAAAGACUUCUUGGGUAGGUUGAGUUUUACAUUUGGAAUCAUGAGUGCCUUUACUUCUUUCAUAUGAAAUAUACUUGCUAGCUCAAAUGCCUUCUGAGCAAAGUACAUGACCAGAUUUGAAAUACAGAAACCAUAAAUGGAUUGCUUCAUAAAAUUUGUAGUAAACCAGUGUUUUGUUUCGGUUUUUUUAAGGUGCCAUAUCAAGUCACAUAUGGCCUGCAAGACAUUCCGUCAUAGGAAAUGUCAUUGUACAACUAGUUUGCUAUUUCAAUUUUUUUUUUUAAAAUAUUAAAUGCAAACUUGAAACAUCUGGUAAAGUUUUCCACGUGGCAUUUUUUCUUUCAAAGUAUUGCAUUUACAGUGCAAGAAUUUAUAGCCUAGUUUUUACAAUCAGAUUUUGGGGUUUUAAUAGAUGUUUGUUCAGAAUAGGUGUUUAAAGUCAGACAAUGCUACCAUACUCUUUUUGCACACUUUAGGUUCACACUGUGCCAAAUUUUAAUGUGCAAGUGUUCUUGGAUUUUUUUGCGUUUUUAAGCACUCGUGAAUGUGAAUCUUCACACUUCAUUAAUAUUUUUCCUAAGAGUACGGCAAUCAUUGGAAACGUAGAUACUCUCCCUCUGUGUUCCUUUAUUGAAAUUGGUAAUUACCAGCAUUGUUAGUCUACAAAAUCCCAGCCAUGACCAACAUAAAAACAAAGUGUACAGUCUCCUGUCUGCUGAAGAGAAAGCUUGGUAGGUACAAAUUAACCAACUAGCACAGGGAACACUGUAAGUAGGGAACAGAGCUUUUGAGCAUGGACAGCUUCUUAUCAUUGCAGAGUCACUUUAAAAUGUGUUGCAAUAGAGUACAUCCUUGCUGAAAUUCCUACAUUCUUUUUUGUAAUAAAGAGAAAUGAAAAAGG